AUGGUGCGUCUCAGGGAAAUUCCACGCACAGCGACUUUCGCGUGGUCUCCCGAUGCGCCGUCUUCUUGGAUCGCAACUGGCACGAAAUCGGGUGCUGUCGACGUCGAUUUCAGCAAUGAGACUUGUCUAGAACUAUGGGAUCUGGCAUUGGAAAAUGGCGAACAGAGUCAAGAAUUGAAGCCCUCGAUCACCCUGCCUACUGAGACGGGCUUUCACGACCUUGCCUGGACGCCGGCUCAGGCUGGACACAAGAGAGGGAUUAUUGCUGGAGCAUUUGACAAUGGGUCGCUGGGCCUGUGGGAUGCGGACAAGGCCAUCACGAACACAGCGGAAGCCUCCAUUUUCACCAACAAGAUACACAGCGGAGCAAUCAAGGCCUUGCAGUUCAAUCCCAAGAUACAGAAUUUCCUCGCAACGGGUGGUGCCAAGGGGGAACUGUUCAUUUCAGACCUGAACCACCUCGACGCCCCAAUACGACUUGGAAGCACUGCUGCUCGCGCGGACGAUAUAGACUGCCUCGACUGGAAUAAGAGAGUCUCAAAUAUCCUGGUUACAGGGAGCAGCGGAGGUUUCGUGACAGUAUGGGACAUGAAAACAAGGAAAGAGAGCUUGACGCUCAACAACUUGCAACGGAAACCGGCUAGUGCGAUAGCCUGGGACCCUGAAAAGCCCACACGAUUGAUUACUGCUGUGCCGCUGGAGCAGGAGCCCGUCAUUCUUGUCUGGGAUCUCAGAAACUCGAACGCCCCGGAGAAGGUGCUUCGGGGGCAUGACUCGGGAGUCCUUUCGAUUGCUUGGUGCCCGCAGGACCACGACUUGUUGCUAUCUUGUGGGAAGGACAACAGGACGAUCCUCUGGAAUCCCCAGACCGGAGAAGCGUAUGGCGACUAUCCAGUCGUGACAAACUGGACGUUUCAGACAAGGUGGAAUCCUCACAACCCUAAUAUAUUUGCUACCGCCUCGUUCGACGGGAAGCUGCAGAUCCAGACCCUGCAAAACACCAAUCCGAGCAGCACCCAGACGGACCAGAGUCAGGCCGCCGACGGAGAGGACUUCUUCUCCAAAGCUCAGACCCAGCCUCAGACUUCAUCUUUCUCACUUCUUAAGGCACCCAAGUGGCUAGAGCGACCUGUUUCCGUAUCUUUCGGCUUCGGGGGAAGAAUCAUCAGUGUUAAACAAGCGGACCCCGGGAAAUCGAGGGCUUCAAAGAUCUGCAUCAGCAAAUUCGAGGUCGAUUCGACUGUUGGCAGCGCGACCGAGACCUUUGAGAAAGCCAUUCAGACAGGGGAUCUCACGAGCUUGUGUGAGGAUAGGGUUUCAUCUGCAAAGACUGAGGAGGAGAAGGCUGAUUGGAAGGUCAUUGAAACCCUGGUAUCCAAGAACCCCCGAGCAGAGCUGGUGAAAUACCUAGGCUUUGAGGACACAACACAAGACAGCUCAAAUGGUGUUGAGCAGCAGGCCCCAGAGGCUGACAAUUCAGAAGAGCAAAAAACCUCCAUCAACGGCGCCUCAAAAUCCCACAAACGGUUCCAAUCCAUUUUCGCAAGCUCGGCCGACGGAGACUUUUUGGCGGAAUUGGCAGCUACGAAGGGUACCAGGACCAACAAUCCCUUCCAGAUCUAUACGGGAUCCGAGUCCGAGGCCGACCGAAAGAUCACAAGGGCGUUGAUAUUGGGGCAGUUUGAGAAAGCUCUGGACGUAUGUUUGAGAGAGAACAGAAUGUCGGAUGCGUUCAUGAUCGCCAUCUGUGGUGGUGAAGCCUGCAUUAAGAAAGCACAAGAAGCAUAUCUCGCAAAACAGUCUGGCGGAUCAAACUACCUGCGUCUGCUGGCUUCGGUCGUAGGCAAAAAUCUCUGGGACACGGUUCACAAUGCCGACCUUGCGAAUUGGAAGGAAGUCAUGGCUACGCUGUGCACAUUUGCUGAUGAGCAGGAGUUUCCAGAUCUUUGCGAAGCGCUGGGAGACAGGAUUGAGGAACAGAUCGAUGAUCUUUCUUCAAUCUCGCGGAAAGAUGCUUCUUUCUGCUUCUUGGCUGGUUCCAAGUUGGAGAAGGUGGUCGCCAUCUGGAUUCAAGAGCUCAAAGAGCACGAGGAGGCAGGGGCUUCGGAAGCGGACGCAUCUUCUGCCUUUUCUUUGCACGCCCGUGGUCUUCAAGACUUCAUUGAAAAGGUUACCAUUUUCCGCCAAGUGGUCAACUUCAAUGACGCAGAGCUGUCUAAAACUGGGGACUGGAAGCUGGAAGCUCUAUACGGCAAAUAUCUGGAAUAUGCUGACAUUGUAGCUGGUUCUGGCCAGCUCGAUGUUGCCCAGAAGUAUCUCGAUCUUCUUCCAGCAAGCUAUCCCGGAGCGGAUGUCGCAAGAAGCCGGAUCCAACAGGCAAGAAAGAAGACAGCCGCUCCCGCUGCUGUUCCUCAAGCUACGCCAGUAACGACAAGAAACAAACCUCUACCAGGAAUGUCACAAUUUCAGCCUCCGACAACAGCAUUUACUCCAACUCCUCAAGUUCCGACACCUUAUGGUGUAAGCAACCUGCAACCAAGCAACCCCUAUAUGCCUUCCACAGCUACCAGUGCACCGUCAAAUCCAUAUGCGCCUGUGGGCGGUAGCUACCAACCUCCACAACAAAUGAGGAUGCCUCCCGGCCCUCCUCCUCCCGGUCCAUACGGCAUUCCACAGGCAAAUCCCAUCCAACCCCCUCCCAGGUACAAUCAAUCUCCAGCCAUUCCUCCUCCGUCUCAAGACAAAAGUAUGUCCAACUGGAAUGAUAUCCCGGAGGGGUUUGUCAAACCUCCCACUUCGAGAAGAGGCACGCCUAGUGUUCCACCACAGCCUGUCCAGAAUCCUUUCAGUCCACCACCGGGACAAGUAACGUCUCCUCCCCUUGCUCCGCCUUUCGGUUCAAGGCAGAGGGCCUCGCCAGUUCCGCCUCCACCCAAAGGGACGGCCCCCCCUCCGCGAGUGACGUCUCCUCUAGGAGGGCAACCCUCUUUUGAGCGACCUUCAUCAGCAAAUCCUUACGCACCUCCGGCCGUAACAUCUCCACCCGUCGGACAGAAUAUCAUGUCGCCUCCAAUUCCCAGGGGUCCGUCUCCGUACAAUGCGCCUCCUGCUCAUGCUCCUACCGCCCCAAACAGAUAUGCGCCGGCUGCAGGGACUCAUACAACUGCUCCAAAUACACGACCAUCCAUCGCACCGCCCCCGCAAGGUUCGUCCUUCCAAGCGCCUGCCCCUCCGACGAACCCCUAUGCGCCAACCCAUCAAUCGCAACCAACUCGGCAGACGAGCUAUGGUCCACCCCAACCAACACAGACGCCGCAGUCAGCCACGGCGCCACCGAUACCGACACCGCAGCAACAAUUCAUCUCGGGACCGCCUCCCGCGGGAAGCGGAUCUGCAGCUCAAGGCCCACCAUCACGGCCGGGCACUGCCGGUUCGAAUAAAGCCUCCGCUGCUCCUCCAGCGCGGAAGUAUCCCAAGGGCGACCGCAUACACAUUUCCCCGUCCGCCCAACCAAUCUAUACCAUACUGUCAUCUGAAAUGGCGCGUGUCAAAGCUCGAGCUCCCCAAUCGUUUAAAGCACAAGUGGUGGACACGGAGAAACGGCUCGACAUUCUCUUUGACCAUUUGAACAAUGAGGAUUUGCUCAAGCCGGAUACGGUGGCGCAGUUGGUUGAGCUGGCCCAAGCACUAGAAGGAAGGGAUUUUGUCAAGGCGCAGGAGAUCCAGAUGGAUGUGCAUACGAACAAGGUGGAGGAGUGUGGCCAGUGGAUGGUGGGUGUGAAGAGGUUGGUGGGGAUGUGUAAGGCUACCCCUUGA